AAACUAGGAAGCCCCAAGCCGGUGAGCUAAUCGUAUCUAUUAUGGCUAUAAAAUGUUUGCGCAACCAUCGGAAGGGUAUCAGUGUUGAAUCGGUUUAGCUUCUUUGUGGAGUGCAUGAAUAAGUGCGAUUGGUUGUAUUCGUUGUCCAUUGUUGAGAAGAAGGAAGCAUUGAAUCGUGAAUUCUUAUUUUGACCGGUUUUUUGUGGUGCCAGAAAAAAAAAUGAAAAAGUUGGUGGCGUUAAUUGGGUUUUUCGUUCUAUUGAGUGCGGUGAAUGCCCAACGGCGAAGAAACGUCACUUUGCUGGCAGUAACUACAGAACAACCAGCGAACAAUGCCAACAGUGAAGCAACAAGUGCGUCGUCAGUUGUCACCACGGAAGAAAACGCCCAAGCGGUGGAAGUUCUGCGCCGAGGUAUCGAAAGGCGUCGACUAGAACGCCUACAGAGAAUUGAGCAAAGACGAGCUACCAUUCUUCAAAACUUGGAAAACAUGAGUGACCGAAGGCGCGAAUUUGAGCUGCGACGACAAGAACGGUUGCGAACUGCCCAAGAACUGAUAGAAGAUCGUCGCCAAGAAAUGGAAGCCCGGCGGGCCGGACGUAUUCCGAUAAAAGAGCAAGAUCGAGUGCUCCGACUGCGACAGCAACGGCUCGGGCAGAACACUCCCGAUAAUGAGCAAAACGAAGUGGAUGGUCCAAGGGAGCUUCUUCCUGCCGUUGCUGAUUUAGUUCGUCGCAUUGUCCUAAUAGAGGAGGCCAACGGUAACGUAAGACUUAUUGAUAUCGACACCGACGAGGGCCGGGAUUUAAUUUCGCGAGUAAUGGAGCGCGUGGAAACAGAAGAGGAGAAAGCAGAAGCCAUUCAGAAACUUAAGGUUAAAUUGGGACAACUUUGAUGUAUGCGAGCCAAGUCAUGUAAAGAUCAAUGAUCAAUGGUAGAAAUGGUGUUAAAUCAUAGCGAGUAUGAAAGCAGUGAGUCAUUAGCUUCGAAUGAAUUAAACUAUGCCACAUUUGUGGAUCACAAUUACUA